AUGGGGCUUUCGAGUUUUCCAAGUCCAGCUGAAGGAAUGCUACCGGUAUUGGUAAUGAACACAGUGUUAUCAGCGGCCUUAAUCAAGAACAUGUUGAAAUCAAUGCUUCAAAUGGUGGGUGCUACUUGGGAUCAAUCCAAUUCGCAAGAAGAAGAAACAUCAGUUUCUAAUGAAAGCAGUAGUAGCAGUGGCUCAAGAGAAAGAAGAGUGUCAAUUACUAGGUACGAGUCCUUGUGUAAGAAUAGGUGUAAAGCUGAGAAAAGCUGUGAUGGCAGAGGGGCGACAAUGGAGUGUUGUGUGUGUUUAAGUAAGUUUAAAGAUGACGAAAAGAGUAUAGGUAGAUGA